AUGCGAGAGACGGAAGAAGUAACACAGACGCUGAUCCUCUGUCAUAAUAUGGGGCGUAAUAUUGAUCAUGUGAAUGAUAAUGCUUGCAUUAGUGGCCAUGGCGUUCUUAUGAGAAGAUAUGACGGAGAUUGUGUCUGUAGAAAGUAUGAGGAAAAGACAUCGUUCGAGCAGACAAAUAGAACAGCUGUUUGA